CAGGCGAGACAGAACCAAUGAGAAUUUUCUAACAGCAACAAAAAAUAUCAUGCACCGGGGUAACGAAAUGAGCCGUCGUUAUGGAGCUGAUAUUUACAUCGUAUUGCGUCGUAAAGGUCGCUACUACGGUUACUGUUCCACUCAGGAUACCUCUUUCCCAACACCACCUAUAGAAAUUGUAUGGAUGCCAGAGUCCGAAGCCUGCCGAAUACUUACUUUAAACAGGAUAAAACUUACCCUUUGCCAGUUAGAAGAACGCCGGCGAGCUUUGAGCGACAAAAGUGCAAGUCGUCUGAGGUUGAGGCAGCUAAGGAACUGUCAGAUAGCAACCAAUUCUAUAGUAGGGUAGUACAUAAUGACAAGGAAACUUCAAGGCCAUAUAUGG